AAAAAUAACGUUCAGUCUAAUAGAAAGCUAAGAAUUGGCCCUGACAAGCCCUGACAAGCCAGAUAAGGGGCAGAAAAUGAAUAUCACUACACAUGGGACGAUGAGUCGAACCAUCAUGAUCUGAGAGGUCACUCUUUUUUCCAGCUUCAUUUUCCUAACCAAGACACCUUAUUCGCUUUACGCCUCCAGUGAGAGGACCCCUAAUUCCAGUCGAUUUCCAGUCGAUCCUCUAAUAAAUAAUCACAUUCGCCAGCUCAUCAGCUUUGUUAUUAUUCGUCAAUUCCGUCAUCCGUCCUGUUCAUCGUCCUGCCGAAUCCCCAAAAUCCUGAUUACAAUUAGAUUUACCACGCGAGUUCCUAGAUUUUAGUUAAUACGACAUAAUAAUUCUUCGCUGCCGCUCACUUGACCGGACUUGACUCGACUACGUUAGCGAAGCCCGCACCCGACCACCCCCCAGUAAUUCCUAUGAGCGAAACUCUCAUCGUCUUAGACUCGCUCGCCGAGCGGCGGUCUAAAUACCACGAGGCCGAUGUCGUGGUAGUCGGUGCCGGCGUCUUCGGAUGCGCCAUUGCGUAUGCCCUGGCCGACCAGGGCAGGAGCGUGAUUCUCCUCGAGCGAUGGAUGAAGGAACCCAACCGCAUCGUCGGCGAGCUCAUGCAGCCAGGCGGUGUGAAUUCGCUGAGAAAACUGGGGCUGGGACACUGCAUCGAGGGCAUCGACGCCAUACCAUGCAACGGCUUUAACGUCUUCUUCUACGGCGAAGACGUCCGCAUGCCGUAUCCGCGGAUACAAGGGCUUCUGGGAAUGGACGGCGGAAAGGCGGCGAGCAAGAGCGCGGGUAAAGACAAGGAAGACGACGGGCCUCUUCCCCAAGGGAAGAGCUUCCACCACGGGAGGUUCAUCACGCAGCUGCGGAAGUCGUGCCUGAACCACCCCAACAUCAGCGUGUUCGAGACCGAGGUCGUGAGCACGAUCAAGGGCGACCACAACCCGGAGAUCCUGGGGGUCGAGACGCGGACGACGAACGCGAGCACGGGCGAGAAGGAGAAGGACUGCUUCUUCGGACAGCUGACCGUCGUCGCCGACGGCUACGCCUCGCGCUUCCGGAAGCAGUUCAUCCCGCAGACCGUGCCCGUCGUGCGGUCCAAGUUCUACGCCCUCGAGCUCGUCGACUGCCAGCUGCCCUCGCCCGGCUACGGCCACGUCAUCAUCGGCGCCGCGAGCCCCGUCCUGCUCUACCAGAUCGGCUCGCGCGAGACCCGCGUCCUCGUCGACGUGCCCGAGAAGCUGCCCGAGGCGGCCCCGGCCAACGGCGGCGUCCGCGGCUACAUGAAGAACGUCGUCCUGCCCGCGCUGCCCGAGAGCGUGCGCCCCUCCUUCCGGGCCGCGCUAGAAAAAGACUCCAAGAUCCCCCAGAGCAUGCCCAACAGCUGGCUCCCGCCGACGAAGCAGUCGGUCCCGGGGGCCGUCGUCCUCGGCGACGCGUUCAACAUGCGGCACCCGCUGACGGGCGGCGGGAUGACGGUGGCGCUCAACGACGUGGUCUUGCUGAGGGACCUGCUGUCGCCGCGCAACAUCCCCGACCUCGCGGACACGGUCGCCGUGCGCCGCGCCAUGGACAAGUUCCACUGGGAGCGCAAGCGGCUCACCGCCAUCAUCAACGUGCUCGCCAUGGCGCUGUACAGCCUGUUCUCGGCGCGCAACGCCGAGCUCGCUAAGCUGCAGCGCGGAUGCUUCCACUACUUCCAGAAGGGCGUCACGCGAGACCCGAUGGGUCUGCUGGGCGGAUUGAUUCCGGACCCGAUGGUGCUCGCGUACCAUUUCUUUUCGGUGGCGUUCGUGGCGAUUUGGCUUGAUUGGAGGGCUACGGGCCUAUGGAAGGUACCUUUGCUGCUGUGGAACGCGGUUCGCAUUCUGUGGACGGCGAGUGUGGUGUUUUUGCCGGUUAUGUACCGCGAGCUGCUCGUCUAGGUUGUUGUAGUCGUUGUCUAGAGGCGUGCUUCUUAGAUGGGACGGAAUGGGAUGGGCGAUGUUGAGGUUGGGAGAGAGGAAGAAAAAGAAAAAGACAGCACGACCCCCCGGGGAUAAUAUAUAUGUCUAUGUCUAUGGAUGUACGUCAGUGCCGAUGAAAAGGGAGCGAUGAAGAGGAAGCAUGCAUGCAUGUACGAUGUCAACUUUAAGAUCUCGGCUCGAUUAUCAGAUCAGAUACCCAGCCCCCUAGCCUGGGAAACUUGGCUUGUCCGGCACGGCCUGGGACGAAGAAUGAAUGACUAGAAGAUAGAUUUACGGGUUGAUGUAUAUAGCCGAAUACUUAAUAUUAAUGAUUCAGAACUGAUAGGA